GGAGGAGGAAUCCAUUUCAUCUCCCCUGCGAAAUAUAUUGAAAAUGUUGGACCUGAAAAUCGUAAUAGAAAACAAAGAGACUCGAUUUCAUUCGCAUCCCGCGUUGGGCGCCGUUUUUUGACGCGCCACCUCACGCGCCGUCGAAUUCCAUCCGUUCUUCAAAAGCUAGAACUAAAAAGCUUUAUCAAUCAAAAAAGCCUGUCCAGAUGAUGGAAUCGCCGAACGGUUCUACAGGAGAAGAGCACUUGACGAAGAAAUCGGACGCAUCGGAUCGCGAUCACUCCCUGAUUCAUGUGAAGCUGGCUCAGGAUCCGGAUCCGAGUCCGAAAACACAUCCGGUUUCCCUUGAAAGGGACAAUGCUGAGAUAACUGAUGACCAUUCUUCGUCAACAACAACACCGGGAACUUAUUCGCCGUCGCCGACGGCUAUCCGAUCGAAGAAAUCGGUUCGGUGGAGUCAGGAUUUGGUGGAGGAGAGGACGUUGCCACCGUUGGAGAAGGGUGAUGACGAUUACGAUUCAUCUAAUCCUUAUGUUAAUCGUUCUCAGGGAUCAUCCAAUUCUCCCGCAUUCAACAUCAACAAUUCUAUGGACAAUAUUAAAGAUGCUCUUGGUAGAUGGAGAAAGAAGGUCGGAGAAGCUACAAAAAAAGCAGAGGAUCUCGCCGGCAAUACUUGGCAACAUUUGAAAACGGCUCCUAGUCUUACAGAUGCUGCAUUAGGAAGAAUAGCACAGGGAACUAAAGUUCUAGCAGAAGGAGGCUAUGAAAAGAUAUUCAGACAGACAUUCGAUACAGUUCCAGAAGAGAUUCUUCAAAAUUCAUAUGCUUGCUACCUGUCCACGUCAGCAGGCCCUGUCAUGGGUGUCUUAUAUGUAUCCACUGCAAAACUUGCAUUCUGUAGUGACAACCCAUUGUCAUAUAAAUCCAAUGACAAAACCGAAUGGAGCUAUUAUAAGGUGAUAAUACCAUUACAGCAGUUAAAGGAAGUGAACCCAUCAUCAAGUAGGGCAAAUUCAUCUGAGAAAUAUAUUCAGGAUGCCAUACAGACACGUGGCACAAUUUCAGUGUGAUGGGGUCAAGAUUCAAGAUUCAAGAUUCAAUUCAGUGUGUUAUCAUGUUAUGAUGUUAAUGGCUUGAAAAAGGUCUUAAUGGGGAAAGAAUUUUUGAGGGAAGUGAUUGUUGUGAAAACAAGUGGUAUUUAUGAAGGUGCAAAAAUGGUGCACAGGUGGUGUAUUUGGACAUGGGUUUUUUUUAGUACACGUAUACACGCUUUUUGGCCCAAUAGGGUUGUAAUUUAAUAAUUUUUAAUUCAUGUAUUGAAUUUGAGAAAUAUUUUGUUUUUUUUUUUUUUUGUUUCUAG